UGCAAGAAUUCCUUCCCAAGCGAGACACGAUGGUGCAGACCUGUAAUUCUACCACAUUGGAGGCUGAAGUAGGAUUGUGAAUUUGAGCCAGCUUGGGUUACCUAGCAAGAGCUAGCCUCUGAAACCAAUGCCAACUUGGGCCUAGCGGUGUAGGCCUGUAUCCUGGCUACUUAGGAGGCUGAGGCAGGAGGAUUGUAAAUUCAAGGCAAGCCUGAAUAGCUUAGAGAAACCGUCUUGAGAAAUAGCUCAGUGACAGAGUAUUUCUCUGAUAUGUGUGAUUCCCUGUGUUCAACUCUUAGUUUGGGAAAAAAAAUUCUACCUCCAAUCUCUGAACAAUAUUCAGUAUUGUAUCUGAUCUUCUUAACUUGUGAUAUAAACAUCAUUCUAAUUUUGGAGACUAUUUUAAAAAUCUUAUGUUCUUAGCUUGGCAGAGUCUUUGGAAAGGCCAGUGCCUUUUGUAUCACUGGGUUUAUUAUUGUCAGUUCACCAAGCCUGGGCCUCAAAGCUUGGUGGGGAGAGGGUAAGGAGAAUCCUAGUCCCAAAGGUCAGUCCAGAGCUGGGCUGCUGGCCAGAAGCCUGGUUUUGUGAGUGGCCACAGCUAGACUCUGCUCCAGACCACAGGGGCUAAAAGGGUGGGUUGGGAGUGUGCAUGUGGCUUGGUGUUCUUGGCUUCCUCCAGCUUCGCUGAGGGUAUAUGCAGCCUCAGGCCUGUGCCUAUGCUCCGGUCAUUGUACAGGUCUCAGCAUGGACUGUACCUGACCAUGUGACUGGGCCUGACCUAAAAGAACCCAAGCUUCCUCUUCCUGCCUUCCUACCUAGGGCCAUUCCUCCUGAGACCUUGGAGGGAUGAGGGGGGUGCCUGGGAUUGGGAAUAUUGCAGGGUCUAGAAAUUCAGACGAAGUAGGCAUCUCCCUUGAGGCUCCCUGAGUAGGUGGCUAAUUUUAGGGCAUACAUAAACACACACACACAUCUAACCUUGCCUGUAUUUGGAAUCGCCUGAGGGGUUUUAGAAACAGUACUGGGGUCUAGAUGCAAUGGCCAGGGAUUGUGAUUUAACCGGCAUGGGAUGGGGCCUUUCUGUUUAAAAAGUUCAGUACUCCAAAGUUUGAGAACUACACCAACCCUCCGUUUUCCUAUCUUAUCUGGAGUCAGGGGCACCUUCACCGAAUGCAGUCAGCUGCCCAGUGGUUCAGUAGGGAACCUGAGGCUGUGUGGACAGCUGGGAAGGGACGAGCCUGAGCACUUUGAGGCCCGCUGUGCCCGGGAGGACAGGCCUUCAGGAGAGAUGAGCAGCAGCUGCUCAGGGCUGAGCAGGGUCCUGGUGGCUGUGGCUGCAGCCCUGGUGUCUUCCUCCUCCCCCUGCCCCCAGGCCUGGGGUCCUCCAGGGGUCCAGUAUGGGCAGCCUGGCAGGUCCGUGAUGCUCUGUUGUCCUGGAGUGAAUGCUGGGACCCCAGUGUCCUGGUUUCGGGAUGGGGAGUCGAGGCUGCUUCAGGGACCUGACUCUGGACUAGGACACAGACUGGUCUUGGCCCACGUGGACAGCACUGACGAGGGCACUUACAUCUGCCAGACCCUGGAUGGUGUAUCUGGGGGCAUGGUGACCCUGAAGCUGGGCUUUCCCCCAGCUCGUCCCGAGGUUUCCUGCCAAGCAGUAGACUAUGAAAACUUCUCCUGUACGUGGAGUCCUGGCCAGGUCAGCGGUCUGCCCACCCGUUAUCUUACUUCCUACAGGAAGAAGACCCUGCCAGGAGCUGAGAGUCAGAGGGAAAGUUCAUCCACAGGGCCUUGGCCAUGCCCACAGGACCCUCUAGAGGCUUUCCGAUGUGUGGUCCAUGGGGCAGAGUUCUGGAGCGAGUACCGGAUCAACGUGACUGAGGUGAACCCACUGGGUGCCAGCACGUGCCUUCUGGAUGUGAGGUUACAGAGCAUCUGGACUGCGGGUGGAAUCAGUACCUGGUUACCCGAGACGCCUGCACGCCAGCUGGACAUACCCUGCCUCCUGGCGCCGCCAACCCCACUUCCUGCUCAAGUUCCGGUUACAAUACCGUCCAGCGCAGCAUCCAGCCUGGUCCACGGUGAGGUUGAGCCCAUCGGCUUGGAGGAGGUGAUAACAGAUGCCGUGGCUGGGCUGCCCCAUGCGGUACGAGUCAGUGCCAGGGACUUCCUGGAUGCUGGGACCUGGAGUGCCUGGAGCCCAGAGGCCUGGGGAACUCCGAGCACUGGUCCCCUACAGAAUGAGAUACCUGAUGGGAGCCAGGUACACAAACAGCAGCAAGAGGCAGUAGUCGCCCAAGAGGACGGCCCCACCCCUCCAAGACCUUCCUCACAGUCAGACCCAAGGCCACUUGAUCACAAGGACCCCUUGGAGCAAGUGGCUGUGUUAGCAUCUUUGGGAAUCUUCUCUUUCCUUGGCCUUGCUGUUGGAGCCCUGGCUCUGGGGCUCUGGCUGAGGCUGAGACGGGGUGGGAAAGAUGGACCUCAAAAACCUGGGUUCUUGGAACCAAUGAUUCCGGUGGACAAGCUUCCAGGAAUCCCAAACCUGCAGAGGACCCAGGAGAACUUCAGCUGAUUCCACCUGUAACCCUGUCAGGCUAGGGUGCUUAAAUGGGCAGGCAGAGAGAGGCAGGGCAGUGGAUCCCCAUGGAUGGAGGUCUCGGAAGUUUGAAGCCCUUUUGAGACCCGAUAUUCCAAACGUACUGCCAGCUCAAUGCUGUCUGAACCUCUGAUGUUAUCCUUGAGGUGGAAGUCCACUUGAGGAAUGUGUGUAGAUGUGUGUGUCUGUGUCCAUCUGUGACUGUGUGUAUGUGAGAUAAGGGACAUACAUUCUCUGUAUGUGUGUAUAUAGAUGCUUGGAGAGUGUGUGCAGACCUUGGCCUUGGCCCUUGUGGGGACUGUGAAGAGUUGAAAUAAAGAGACCGAAGAAGUUUUUGGA